CUGACUCAAUGUUGUCGUGCAGUUGCGAGAACUUCAUGCUCUUGAGGUCAUAAGAAACAAAGAUGUUUCAGCGUUGAGUGGUCAUCUCAGAUUGUAGAGAUAGGGUGUUCCCAUCGAUGAACAAUUUGAUCGCUGCGGCCAAAAUGCUUAAGCUAGCUGUGCAAUGUAGCAAAUUCUCUCUUGAUAGCUAAACACAGAUGGUUGCACUGUAGAGGCAUUCGGACGUCCAGACCGCAUAAGAGCAAAAGAUCAAUACGAGAGAUGAUGAUGGAAGAGCAAAAAGCAAAACGUACAGCAGCAGGGAUUCCCACGUGGUCACCCACCGUAGUACUAAUCUGCCGUUCAACUGCUUAUGUAUGGCAGAGCGGACGGGAUGCCCAGUUUUCAGCUGACUGUGGCCGUACGUGGAAGCGUGGCUGUCAAGUGCCAAUAACAAAUCGUUUUCGGAGGAGCCGUCACCACGAUACGGAUCAGCAGGUCACUCGACAUCGGUGGCUGUGGACAGAAGGAUUGAGACGGACAAUCGUUAUGAGAGUCAGUGACAAUCGAGAUUUCAUAACAGAAUCCGAUAUUCUCGAGUCUACGACUCUCGAGGUUAUUGUGCCUUCUGAUGGACGAAUGAUAGGUCCCGAAGAUGCCCAGAUGUUCCAUCUCAGGGCACUCUGAAAUUGAGUUCAUGCUAGCAUAUUUCGAGCUCCAGGAGAGGCGAGUUCGUUGUUGAAUCUGCCUAAUGAUCAAGCAUUGUAUUGUGCUGGUCCGGGAUGAUGUCUGUCGUUGGGGACCGGACAAAGAUGCUCCGUAGACACACGCUGUCUGGCAAGUCGUCAAGUCUAAGGGCCAGAAAAGCUAGACUCUGCUCGCUGUGCUUUGUACCGAGAUGACAUGGUCGAGAUCAGGUCUUCGAUCAU